AAAGAUUUUCGAGCCACCUCACAUUCCAGUCUUCGGUUCUUACCGACUUCUUCAGGAUUGAACGUUCGCCAUGAAGACUGUCUUGGGAAUACUGUACUUCUGUCUUUGUAUAGGACAUUGUCAGGUCGUUGCGGUCUACCCGAUGUGUGGUCAACCGUUGAGCAGCAUGUCGGGUUGCUGCAUGUUGUCACAAGGGUCACUGCGAUGUACUGAGGUCACGUGUCCAGACGGAUAUUACAACGUCGUCAGCAGCUCCACGGGUAGCGACUCUGAGACUUCUUCAGAAGACAAUGAAGCCAUCGUAGUCUUCAUAUACCUUCGAAGACGGACGCGUAUGUCAAGGAAACAAGCAAGUGUUGAAUGUGGUCAAAGCUUCAUACUAUCUGAGUCACAAAUAUCCUUAUCCUGGAGAGAGACGUCAUUUCUCCCUUCACCUAUUAUCAGUCCCCAGUGGCAAAUCUCAGAAGACUUUCCCUGGAGUGGAGGAGUUUUGAAAGCCACCAGCUAUGGUGUUUGUCUGGAAGUAGGACAAGGUGCUGUUGACAUUACAGACACAGUCACUAUUCGUGGCGCAGUGUCAACAGAUCUCACCAACGCCUAUGACGUGCUUCCCUUGCCUCCAGACGAGGUCAUCGUCAGUCCAGUCGUAGAGUUCUUCGCGGGGUUUUACUUCCGGUUCGAAAAACAGGUGCGAAUAGUGCUUCCACACUUUCUGUCAUCUGAUCUCCCAGGUGACCUCGUUCGUGUGUACGAAUUUCAUUCUGAAAACGGACGAAUAAAGUGCUGUCGGCUUCAGGUGAUCAACACGGAAGAUGAGAACCCUGCAACAACUGGAUAUUUGUUUUGUGGAAGUAAGAGAGAGAUUCAUGUCUUCACCAACCAUUUCAGCGGGUAUGUUUGUACAGUGUGUGAGGAAGCGUGCGUGGGUUACUACAAGCCUCCAGAAGUGUCACUACGAGCUCUGGCAAAACAUGUCCUCAGAUGUAAUGGGAAGAGAGAAGUCAUGGUGCGACUUGAUUUGUGGGAUAGUCGCUUCUUCUCUCCGGAUAUUCAACAGAAUCGUCAGAGGACAGAAGUCAGCACUGAAGAUCGUCAGAUGGUGUUGGUGGCGGAGAGGAAACUGAAGUCGCUUGAUGAUAGUCCUGAUGUUGGAAACACCUUCAUCGGAGCUCGCUUCCAGCUCUCUGAAGAGCAAACAACAUUUUGGAGCCACGUCAAGACUGGUGGUGUGAAUGUUUGUCCAAUGGAGCAGAGACUGCAUGUCAAAGAAUUGUACCCUUGCAGGCAUCAAAGGCCCCACAAUUCCAUGAAGUGGUUGCUUAGUGACGCGAAGACAAACGCUCCACAAGAAUUUGAAUGUUUUAUAUUUGUUGGCUACAUUGAUAGUGGGACUCCUAUCGCUGGAAGUAGUUUUGGCAAUGACCAACAAAAGAUCAUCUUCAUGGAAUAUCCACAGUCUGUGAUCCUACCAAUCAGACGAGCAAUGAAGCUCGAUGAAGACCAUCCAGAUUCUUUAAGACCUCUUGAACAAACAGGACAUGGUGGCCUGGCCGAAGCCAAACCUAGCCAAACCACACACAGCGAAAACACAAAUGUUAAGAACCUGGCUUCGCUGUUACAAUCAUCGUCAUUGGAUUCUCAGACAUCGUCUGUAAAUAUCAGCCAAGGAUGCAGCAUGCUGAGACACGAGAGCCACAGUGGACAUGUUAGAGAAUUGUCUGACACGCCGACGCCAAACCCUGUCUCCAUCCAACACGUCAACAGCAUCAACAGUCUCAAGCUUUAUGUAUGCACCCCGCCCACAAGGGACGAAGCCCUCGGAGACCUCGUCUUCGGAGCUGACUGUGGUGACACCCAGGAGCGAGGUUCGUCCUUAAGAAACUCUGUCAACCGUAACAUAACCUACCCGACACCAGCCUCAGACCAGUGA